CAAUAUUCUCGUCAAAUAAAUGGUUUGUUUGCAGAGCGCUCUGUUAUUGGAAGAACCAGUUCAACAACAACAAUGUCGUCGCAGACAAUCUGACAAAUGAUGGUGUCAGCGGUGGUGGUGGAUGUUCCAUAAACCCUCGGAAACCGGCCAAAUGUGCGAGAGUGAGUGAGUGCGCUUGUGUUUGCACCUACCUGCCAGUAAGGUUUGCCAUCGUUCAGCCAGCAAACUGUGAGCGAGCUGGGCUGACUGGCCGCACUGUUUCACACACGUCUCGAACAUCUCAUAACCAACGCGCGGCGAACUACACUUGAACACGGCCUGAACAAUAUUUGUUAGCAAGCCAAAUAGUAAGACGGCAUACCCCUCUGCAAACAGUCGAAUUCAAGAGCUCAAUCCAAAGAGUACUCGAGCGCAUUGUAGAAUUUGUAUUUAAUAAUAAUAAUCGCAUAAAAAACAACACAAAGCAAAGACACACAACGGGUGUUAUUUAUUGAAACAAGAAACAACAAACUAAACCACACCAACCGUCGCCCGGAUCAGAAGUGUUUUAAGUUAAUUUACUAUAUAUACAAAUAUAGAAGUACACAAAUCAGUCUAUCUGAAUAUUUAAACAAAUAAACAACAGCAACACGAGGAGCAGCAGCAAUAGCAACAGCAAAAACAUUAAAUAGAAUUGAAUCGUAUCAAAACAAAACAAAACUACUGACAAUAGCUCACAGUGCAGUGAAGUGAAAUAGAAUUGAAAAAAAGAAAGAAAGAAAAAAAAGAAUAAAACAGAAAAGCCAACACCGAAGAGAAUCAAACAACAUUCGAAACAGAAAGGAAAUUUUGAUAAUCAAUAAAGAAAUGUUGAAAAGGUCACAGCUUUCGCGCUCGUCAUUUACAAUUUAAAAAAAAAAAAGAAAAGAUUUUAUUAUUUAAAUUGUGAACGUUUUGGUCGGAUCAUUUGUUCGCAUUUGUUUCGGUCCCACAUUAUUCUGCGGUAGAACGGCACUGGGAUAAAUCGGCAUCAUAACGGCGCAACUAUUGAACAGUUUCCUUAAGGGUUCGCCCCACCAAACUACCAUAGACAUCAUGCAGAAACUCUACUCGGAGGCGCCGACUAGCGGUCCCAUCAGCAUGACCAGUCAGUCCGGCGGUUCGGCGGGUGGUGGAGGGAACAAUGCCGGCGGUGGUGGGGGAGUUGGCGGCGGCGGCAAUCAGGGUAACCCAAACUCUCAGAACCCCAACAACAACAACAAUAUCGGCAACAAUAACAAUGGGGGCAACAUGAGUCCAUUAGCCCGGGCCCCCUACAGCAUGAAUGCCAUGAGCAUGCCCGUUGGGGGUGGUAUGUCGUCGGUAUCGCCCCAAACGGCAGCCACUUUCGGUUCCAGUGUCUUAGAUUCAGCCGCCGCUGUAGCCAGUAUGGGAGGAUCAAUGGGCGCAGCAGCGGCCAUGAAUUCUAUGGCACAGAAUUGUAUGACGCCGAGUAGUAUGAGUUAUGCCUCGAUGGGAUCUCCCCUAGGCCAAAUGGGCAACUGCAUGGGCGGGGGAAUGUCCACAAUGGCUGCAAUGGGUGGAUAUUCGUCAAUGGCUGCCGCCGCCAGUGCCCGUGAUUUGGAUACAGGCUCCCCCAAUUCACUGAACAGAUCGCGCGUAGAAAAACCGACAACGUAUAGACGAAGCUACACCCAUGCAAAGCCACCAUAUUCCUAUAUUUCGCUGAUUACGAUGGCCAUCCAGAAUAACCCCACACGAAUGCUAACACUGUCCGAAAUAUAUCAGUUCAUUAUGGAUCUUUUUCCCUUCUACAGACAGAACCAACAGAGGUGGCAGAACUCCAUAAGGCACUCAUUAUCCUUCAACGACUGUUUCGUCAAGAUCCCACGUACACCCGACAAGCCCGGCAAGGGAUCCUUCUGGACCUUGCAUCCCGACUCGGGUAAUAUGUUCGAAAACGGCUGUUACCUCCGGCGCCAGAAACGCUUUAAGGACGAAAAGAAAGAAGCCAUUCGCCAAAUGCACAAAUCGCCCUCGCACAGUAGUUUGGAGGCCACAUCUCCGGGAAAGAAAGAUCAUGACGAUUCCCAUCACAUGCAUCAUCAUCAUCACCACAGUCGAUUGGACCAUCAUCAGUCGCACCACCACCAUAAAGACAGCGGACUUGGCGGAUCCCUGGGCUCAGCACAUUCAAAAGACGCGGAGGCCUUAGCCAUGCUGCAUGCCAAUGCUGAGUUGGCAUGCUUGGGACAGCAAGCCCAGCAUGCUCCAUCCCAUCACCAGCAUCAUCAUCAACUGCAACAGGAAGAGCUGUCCAGCAUCACCAGCAUGGUCAAUCGUUGCCACCCCUCCUUGAUAAGCGAUUACCAUUCGUCCAUGCACCACCUGAAGCAGGAACCAUCCGGUUAUGCACCUCCCAGCCAUCCAUUCUCCAUCAACCGCCUACUGCCGACUGAAUCAAAAGCCGAUAUCAAAAUGUACGAUAUGAGUCAGUACGCUGGCUACAACGCCCUCAGUCCGCUGACAAAUUCACAUGCUGCCUUGGGUCAAGAGUCGUAUUACCAAAGUUUGGGUUAUCACGCACCAGCCGGCACGACUACCUUGUGACAUCACCAGUAUCCCUUGGCUUAAGGACGAGCGGAACAGAUGCUGCUGCGUAAUACGGCUUCAGGCUUAAACACGAAUGGCGCCAACGGUGCCAGCACGUGCGUUGGUGCGACGGGCACCACUUCGUCGACCACGAGUAGCAGCAUCUUUUCAACAGGUACCAACAGCGGCAACCCUCAACAGCACCAACAACAGCAAAUGCAAUCAAACCAGAAUGAAUCUGUAACACCCUCUUCCACCGCUUCCAACCAACAUCAGAACCAACAGCAGCAACAACAGCAACUCCAUAGCUCGAGUUCCACGGCAGCAGCAGCAGUAAAUUUCUACAAUCAAAAAUUGAAAGCAGCCGCCUAUCUAAAUAGCAAAAUGGCGGCAGCAGCCCAUCACCACCAUCAGCAUCACGCGAAUCUGUUACAGAGUCAGCUGACUCCGAGUGACCUGCAAGAGGAUUCUUCCAAUAUCACCAGCGAUCUCAAUGACGACCACUUGCAACAAGUCCACCAUCAGCAGCAACAGCAGUUCUACAGCAACUACCAACAAUAUGCCGCAGCAGCCACUUCCUAUCGGAACUGGAAUCACACGUUGAGUUUAAAUGGGGCAGCGGCAUUGCAAAAUCUUCUCUAAACGUCGGUCCAAUGAAAUGUUCGAAAUAAAAACCGUUCAUCUGAUAAAAUCGGCAUGGAUCGUUUGCUCGUCACCUCUGGCCCGGUAGUAGUAUUGCGAGAUACGGAUGUGCACCCGUGGUCGUUUCAAUGGUUACCCGCGUCGGUCAGCGCUUUUUGAAAAAGUUUACCACGAAAAUCUCAAAGAUACACAAACGCACGAUAAAACCAAUCACUGUAAAUAGUUUUAACAUUUUCCAAUACGUUUUUUCGUUUCUUGUUUUUUUUAUAAUUGUUAAUGAUAACGAAUAUAUUUUUUCAUCAAAAGAUUUCAAAGAGUCUCUCGCCCAGACUUUUUGAAAUGCAGCAAUCAAAAGUGAUGUAGAUUUAAGCGAAAACAAAGUUACAAGUUUUGUAAAAAGACGUCUAAAAACACAUAUUCCACAAAACAAAUCGUACAUCCUCAUAAAAAAAACGAAAAAAAGACAAAUCUAUAGCCGUGCCAUGAGUUGAAUAAUUUUAACAUUCAUUUUUUUUUUCAUACAGAAACUAUGAAACAAUCACAAGAAUCAAAAAACAAAAAAAAAAACAAAAAAACAA